UCCAAUCCCUUCUUAUGUUAUUUUUAUAACAUAAUUCCACUAUCUCUCCCUCAAAGCUCAAAAGGCCUUCAAAAACAAAGCCCUUCUUUUUCUUUCUCAAUACAAAACAAGGAAAAGAGCUCUGUCAGACUCACUCAUUCCACUACCCUUACAUGGAACUCACUGCUUUUCCUUAAUUAAUGGCUUCCCACCACAUUCCUCAAAAAGGGUAGCUGUUAUUCACUCUUCUUCUCCACUACAAAGCCUUCCUUACCCAACUAGUGCCCACCCACCGCCGCACAAAUGACCCUCUUGUUCUUGGGUUACUGACCUUUCUGCUUCUUGUUGCAUAGUGAAGGUCUGCUUGGUUUAAAUCUGGGUUUUGUUUUCAGAAAUGAUGGGGAACAUUUGUUGGGUGUGUUUACUGCUGCCACUUUGUUUUGGGUUGUUUGUGAACACUCUGAGUCAGGAGGAUUCGGAUUCAGAUACAAGUACAGCUGUGUACAUUGUCACUCUUAAGCAAUCUCCUGCUGCUCAUUACUUUGAGGAAGAACUAACAAGGCAGAGUCAUCAUGGGUUCAAUCAUGCUUCUACUUCAGGGAGAUUAAACAGGCUUAACAAACCAAGGAAUAAUUCAAGAUCUCAUUCAAUGUCUAGUUCCUAUAUUUCUCGAGUUCAUGAUUCUUUGUUAAGGAUAGCCUUGAGGGGGGAGAAAUAUCUGAAGUUGUAUAGUUACCACUACUUGAUUAAUGGCUUUGCUGUGCUUGUCACCUCUGAACAGGCGGACAAGCUUUCAAGGAGAGGAGAAGUUGCAAAUGUUGUAUUGGAUUUCUCUGUUAGAACUGCAACCACCUAUACUCCACAGUUCUUGGGUCUACCAAAGGGGGCAUGGUCCUUGGAAGGUGGAUAUGAAACUGCUGGAGAGGGAAUUGUAAUUGGGUUUGUUGAUACUGGUAUUGAUCCAACUCAUCCCAGCUUUGCUGAUGAUGUAUCAGAGCAUUCAUACCCAGUUCCAGCCCAUUUUUCUGGCAUUUGCGAGGUGACUCGGGACUUUCCUUCCGGCUCUUGCAAUAGGAAGCUUGUUGGAGCACGCCAUUUUGCAGCAUCUGCUAUAACAAGAGGAAUAUUUAAUUCGUCUCAGGACUAUGCAUCACCAUUUGACGGUGAUGGCCAUGGCACGCACACAGCUUCUGUUGCUGCAGGAAACCAUGGGAUUCCAGUGGUGGUAGCAGGGCACCACUUCGGAAAUGCUAGUGGGAUGGCUCCUCGUUCACAUAUUGCUGUUUACAAGGCUUUAUAUAAGAGCUUUGGAGGAUUUGCUGCUGAUGUAGUUGCUGCCAUAGACCAGGCAGCUCAAGAUGGGGUUGACAUAAUAAGCUUAUCAAUAACUCCCAACAGGCGUCCACCUGGUAUUGCAACAUUUUUCAAUCCCAUUGACAUGGCAUUGCUAUCAGCUGUAAAGGCUGGUAUUUUUGUUGUGCAAGCUGCUGGCAACACCGGACCAUCACCUAAGAGCAUGUCUUCUUUCAGUCCAUGGAUCUUCACUGUUGGUGCUGCCUCUCAUAACAGAGCAUAUGCUAACUCUAUUGUCCUUGGAAACAAUGCAACUAUCCCUGGAGUUGGACUUGCACCGAGGACAGAGACCAAUAAAAUGUAUACACUGAUUUCUGCAAUUCAUGCUCUAUGCAAUGACACAACACUUGCUGAUGAUAUGUAUGUGGGCGAAUGCCAAGACUCCAGUAACUUCAAUGAGGAACUUAUCCAAGGAAACCUGUUAAUCUGUAGCUAUUCAAUACGAUUUGUGCUUGGACUUUCCACAAUCAAACAGGCCAUACAAACUGCAAAAAACCUUAGUGCAGCUGGAGUUGUGUUCUACAUGGAUCCUUUUGUAAUUGGUUUUCAGCUUAAUCCCACACCAUUGGAAAUGCCUGGCAUCAUAAUUCCAUCCCCAGAUGAUUCCAAGAUUUUACUCCAAUAUUACAAUUCUUCUUUGGUGAGAGAUAGACUUUCAAGGAAAAUAGUUAGAUUUGGGGCAGUUGCAAGCAUUUCAGGUGGACUGAAAGCAAACUACAGCAUUUCUGCUCCAAAGGUUAUGUAUUAUUCUGCCAGAGGACCAGAUCCAGAAGACAGUUUUCUAGAUGAUGCAGACAUAAUGAAACCGAACUUGGUUGCUCCUGGAAACUUGAUAUGGGCUGCCUGGAGUUCUCUUGGCACGGACUCAGUUGAAUUCCAAGGUGAAAGCUUUGCGAUGAUGUCUGGAACAAGCAUGGCUGCUCCUCAUAUUGCUGGGCUUGCUGCACUGAUAAAGCAAAAGUUUCCUUAUUUCAGUCCUGCAGCCAUUGCUUCUGCACUUUCUACAACUGCUUCUCUUUAUGACAAGAAUGGUGGCCCUAUAAUGGCCCAGCGUGCUUAUACUAAUCCUGAUCUAAACCAGUCUCCAGCAACACCAUUUGACAUGGGCAGUGGUUUUGUGAAUGCAACUUCAGCUCUUGAUCCGGGUCUGAUCUUGGAUUCCACUUAUGAUGAUUAUAUGUCCUUUCUUUGUGGCAUUAAUGGUUCCGCUCCUGUGGUCUUCAAUUACACUGGUCAAAACUGUUGGGUCUAUAAUUCUACAAUUAGUGCUGCUAACCUGAACCUGCCAUCGAUCACCAUUGCAAGACUGAACCAGUCUAAGACAGUUGAAAGAUCGGUGACUAACAUUGCUGGCAAAGAAACAUAUAGAGUGGGUUGGAGUGCUCCUUAUGGGGUUUCAGUGAAGGUCACUCCAACUCACUUCUUUAUUGGCAUGGGAGAGAAGCUGGUGUUGACUAUAAUCUUUAAUGCAACAAUGAACAACUCUGACGCCAGCUUUGGGAGAAUUGGACUUUUUGGAAGCCAAGGUCAUAACCUCAACAUUCCAUUAUCAGUCAUUGUAAAAUUUUCCUACAAUACGACUAAUAUCUGAGGAUUGACAAAAUAGUGCUUUUCUCCUUCUCUUGCUGUGUUUGAUAGUCUGUCUUUUUGCAUUCUUCUUCUUCAGCUUCCAUACUUUUAACCAAUUUAUUCAUUCAUUUUCCUGUAAAUGCAAAUCAUUUGUAAUCAUGACAUACCCCAAUUGAUUGAAUAAUUUUUAGACUGUAGUGGUUCAUUUUGCCCAUCACAUAUCGUUUUGUGCUUCUCUGUUUUCCUUUUACCACUUCUUUAACUUGUAUCAUAGUUUCAUUUCUAUUAACCGUGUUUGUGUGUGUGUUUUAAAGCUGAUUAUUAAAUCGGAAGCAUGUUUUUGUACCAAAUUGAUAUAAAUAUGAAGUUAAUAACAUGUUCCAUGAUCAUUUCUAGUGUAGUUGAUUCAUGUGUUUUAGCG